CGCCGCGCGGCUACCGAGCCCGGAGCCUGGAGUACCACAGAGACUGCUCCGCAGCGGCUGGUCCGGGCGGCGGCGGUGGCGCUCCGGCUGCUCAGCCGCCUGUGAGCCCCGUGUCCAGCCCAUCGGCUCGGGCGGCCACAGAGCCCAGUGCUUGAUGGGCGGCAUUAUGGCCCCUAAAGACAUAAUGACAAACACUCACGCCAAGUCCAUCCUCAACUCAAUGAACUCGCUCAGGAAGAGCAGCACCCUUUGUGAUGUGACACUGAGGGUGGAGCAGAAAGACUUCCCUGCCCAUCGGAUUGUGCUGGCUGCUUGCAGUGACUAUUUCUGUGCCAUGUUCACUAGUGAGCUUUCAGAGAAGGGGAAGCCAUAUGUUGACAUUCAAGGGUUAACUGCUUCUACCAUGGAAAUCCUGUUGGACUUUGUGUACACAGAAACGGUACAUGUGACAGUGGAGAAUGUUCAAGAACUGCUCCCUGCAGCCUGUCUACUUCAGCUGAAAGGUGUGAAACAAGCCUGCUGCGAGUUCUUAGAAAGUCAGUUGGACCCUUCUAAUUGCCUGGGUAUCAGGGAUUUUGCUGAAACUCACAAUUGCGUUGACCUGAUGCAAGCAGCUGAGGUUUUUAGCCAGAAGCAUUUUCCUGAAGUGGUACAGCAUGAAGAGUUCAUUCUGCUGAGUCAAGGAGAGGUGGAAAAGCUAAUCAAGUGCGAUGAAAUUCAGGUGGAUUCUGAAGAACCAGUCUUUGAGGCCGUCAUCAACUGGGUGAAGCAUGCCAAGAAGGAGCGAGAAGAAUCCUUGCCUGACCUCCUACAGUAUGUUCGGAUGCCCCUGCUGACCCCCAGGUACAUUACUGAUGUGAUAGAUGCUGAGCCUUUCAUCCGCUGUAGUUUACAGUGCAGGGAUCUAGUUGAUGAAGCAAAGAAAUUUCACCUGAGGCCUGAACUCCGGAGUCAGAUGCAAGGACCCAGGACAAGAGCCCGUCUAGGAGCCAAUGAGGUGCUUUUGGUGGUUGGGGGCUUCGGAAGCCAGCAGUCUCCCAUUGAUGUUGUAGAGAAAUAUGACCCCAAGACACAGGAGUGGAGCUUUUUACCAAGCAUCACUCGGAAAAGACGGUAUGUGGCCUCAGUGUCCUUGCAUGAUCGGAUCUAUGUAAUUGGUGGGUAUGAUGGCCGUUCCCGCCUCAGCUCAGUGGAAUGUCUGGACUACACAGCAGAUGAAGAUGGAGUCUGGUAUUCUGUGGCCCCUAUGAACGUGCGACGAGGCCUUGCUGGAGCUACCACACUGGGAGAUAUGAUUUACGUCUCUGGAGGCUUUGAUGGAAGCAGGCGUCACACAAGUAUGGAGCGGUAUGACCCCAACAUUGACCAGUGGAGCAUGCUGGGAGAUAUGCAGACAGCUCGAGAGGGCGCAGGACUAGUGGUGGCCAGCGGAAUAAUCUACUGUUUAGGAGGAUAUGAUGGCUUGAAUAUAUUAAAUUCAGUUGAGAAAUAUGAUCCCCAUACAGGACACUGGACUAAUGUUACACCCAUGGCCACCAAACGUUCUGGUGCUGGAGUAGCCCUGCUGAAUGACCAUAUUUAUGUGGUAGGGGGGUUUGAUGGUACGGCCCACCUUUCUUCUGUUGAAGCUUACAACAUUCGCACUGAUUCCUGGACAACUGUCACGAGUAUGACCACUCCACGAUGCUAUGUAGGAGCCACAGUGCUUCGGGGAAGACUAUAUGCAAUUGCAGGAUAUGAUGGAAAUUCUCUGCUGAGUAGCAUUGAGUGUUAUGACCCAAUCAUCGACAGCUGGGAAGUAGUGGCCUCCAUGGGAACCCAGCGUUGUGAUGCUGGCGUGUGUGUUCUCCGAGAAAAGUAACUUAUUUGAGCACCAGCUGGAGCUAAUGACUACUCCACGGAACAGAUUGUGGGAAAAUCAAGGAUCCUUUCCAGAAUGUUUAUUUCUCGCUGUGUGCACAGGCUGACUACAGGCACCAGUGCUGUGAUGAUUGUACUUACUUGAUAUGCACUCUCCUUCGCACGGGUCAUGAUGCUUAGAAGGGUGGGUGACAGGUACUCAAGGGAAGAGAGUGCUUGUGUGGAUGUGAGAAACCAGAUCAUCUCUCUCUCUGGUCUGAGGAGCACUUUCUUACAGUUUCUAACUUACAGUGUGCUUGGGAGAAUGUAUGUGUGUAUGUAUGUAUGUGUGUAUGUAUGUAUGUAUGUUGCGCUUCAUAUAUUGCAGAGAAUUAAGGUGAUUAUGGCCUGCUAAGUGUAGGCAGUGUCCGUCCUAGGUGACUGGAAGGAUAUCAGCUUACAUAAACUUGGUAAAAAUGAAAGUAAUUCCCCCCCACCAGAAACAAACGUAUCUUUUCUAAAUACAAAAGUAGCUCCGGCCACCACAGUUCCUUUCUGGAGGAAACCAAGAGAUCACUGUUAAAAUUUGAGAGGGCAAGAGGAGAGAGUCAUGCCACUCUCACUUCGGGGACAUGGUUGGGGUCGAGAUUUGGAUUAAGUGGCAUGAACUGAAUGGAAUGUGAGUGAACCCAGAUCACUGGAGUGUAAACUGGAAGGCUGGAGAGUACAUAUUAUUUGACCCCAUGGUCUUUCUUUUUUAUUAUUAUUUUAAAAAUUUAGGAGUGUAUUUCAGAGGCAAAGUUUAAAUCUGGUUACUGUGGUCACAGUAUUUGUUCCUGCAGUGCUAAGGACUGGAUCCACAGCCUUGCACAUGUUAGGGCAAUGCUCUAUUGGGACCACACUCUGAAUCCACAUAAUGUAGUUGCUGAAAUAAAUGCAUAUUGCAGCAGACUGUAGCCCCAUAGUAGGGUCCUAAAGUCAGUUCCAGCAUUAAUUAAGUCAAUCAAUAAAUAAAAUGUCAUUAGAACAUUAUACAGAUAUUUAUUAUAAACAUAAGUAAAAAGUCAAUGUAAAAUAUAAAUUUAUAUAAACUACAUUUUCUGAUUACGCUUCAUUGCUGUAAGUAAUUAGUAAAGUGAAGAAGCUAACAUAUUUUAAAAACAAUAAACAAGCAAAUGAAGUUCACUGUACUGUACUUAGGCAUAUGGACAGCUUCAGACCUGCAUAUGAGAAAC